UGGGCGUGGCUGCCCAACAGCAGGAAGCAGCCCGCACGCCUCUCGCGGUCUGCUGCUGCUGCUGCUGCAGCUGCUGGCGCUGUGAAGGCGCUCGGAGUUCCAAUGGAGGCCGGACUUGGUCUGGAGGGACCGGGUCCGGGGCCCGUUCCCUCGGCGACUUCGCUGUCGCUCCUGUUGCUGCUUCUCUCGGCGGGAUCGGGGAGCGCGGCUGAACGGCACGGGGCGCCGAGGCGACCUGCGGGUCGGGGUCUGGAGGCUCUGCGGCACUACGAUCUGCUCUCUCUCUCACACAUGGAGCACAGGAUGAGCCGGAGGGACGUGGCGGUGGGGCCUCGGGACAGGACCGUGUCCUUCCAGGCGCUCGGCAGGAAGUUCGUUCUGCACCUCAGUGCACGCCGUGGCCUCCUCACCGACUCUGCUCGGGUUCUGAUGCAAGAUGCGUCGGGGGGGGUAAGGCCCCUGCCGCUGAACACGCAUGGCUUCUACUCGGGAUACGUGCAAGGAGAUUCUGACUCUUCGGUUCAGGCCUACAUUGGGGAGGGUGAAUUUUCUGCACGGAUCCUCACCAGUGGAGAUGAAUACCAUGUUGAGCCACUGUGGAGGCUGGCGGGCGACCCGGAGGAUGAGCGCAUGGUUGUUUACCGGGGCGACGCCCUGCAGGGCUCACACGCACCUUUUUGUGCCACUCGACCGCCCCGCGGUGCCAAGAAGGGGGGUGAACGAGAGGGCCGCCGUCCUGGGGAGCAUCCGGGGCAGCAGUUUGGCUCUACCAAUAGUGCAGGAGAGGCCGUGCGCCCCAAACGUAGCGCUGCUGCAGGGGGCCCGGUGGGGGCCAUGGGGGAGCCCGUGAAGGACACGUGCACCCUGCUCCUGGUCGCCGACUUCCGCUUCUUCCAGGCUAUGGGGCGGGGCCAACAGGGGACCACCAUCAACUACCUGAUCGAACUCGUCGACCGUGUAGAUGGCAUCUUCCGUGGGACGCACUGGGGUGAACAGGCAGCCAGUGUUGGCAUCCAGAUCCAGGAGAUCUUGAUACACGAGGAGUCCACGGUGGUUGUGGGUGGCGAGCGACACUACAACAUGGAAGCUGCCCCGAGCCCCAUCACUCACGGUCUCCCAAGCCCACCCAGUCUGGGCACCACUUCUCACGCGUGGAAUGUCAGCGAGUUGCUGCGGCAAUUCAGCAUGGAUGUGUCGGAGCGGGCGUCGCAAGUGUGCCUGGCUCAUCUGUUCACCUACCAGGAUUUCGAGGACGGCAUCCUGGGCUUGGCCUACGUUGCCUCUCCCACCGGGAAAACCGAUGGCGGCGUGUGCAGCAAGCGAGUCCAAGAAAAGAAUGGCAUCAACGUGUCGUACAACACGGGCCUGACGAGUACCAUGAACUAUGGCAAGACGAUCCUCACAAAGGAGGUGGAGCUGGUCGUUGCCCACGAGUUGGGCCACAGUUUUGGGGCCGGGCAUGACACGGAGGAGUGCUCUGCAGGGCGCGACGCCGAUGGCAAAUACAUCAUGUAUCCAAUUGCUGUGAGCGGAGACCAGCCCAACAACGGCCUCUUUUCCCCGUGCAGCGUGCGUUCUGUAGGGCAGAUCCUAUCCCACAAGGCAGCCAGCUGCCUCACCCCACAGAGACACAAGUACUGUGGGAACUUCCGCGUGGAAGAUGGGGAGCAGUGCGAUGAGGGCCCUCCGCUGGGCAGGAACCACUCCUGCUGCACCCACAACUGCACCCUGCGUGAAAACGCACUAUGCAGUGACCGAAACUCACCCUGCUGCCAAGGAUGCCUCUACAAAGACCAAGUGCUGUGCCAAGGUCGGCUGCCCGCCCUUUGCAGGGAAGCUGCCUUCUGCACAGGAGACAGUGGAGUUUGUCCCAAACCUGGAAACUUGUCUGAUGGGACCGAGUGUCUCGACCACGGUCGCUGUUUGAGUGGCGUGUGCCAGCCGUUCUGCACAACUCUGGAGCAGAAACUCGAGCCUUGUGUAUGUGCAGAGAAGAACGACUCGUGCAAGGUGUGCUGUCGGAGACCAGGAGGAGGGUGUGCCCCAUACCUGGCGGCUGGAGGCUCCCCUCUGUUGCUGCCCCGGGGGAAGCCGUGUUCCGUCGGAUUCUGUGACAUUCACGGACAGUGCAUCAAGCAGGUGCAGGACUUCUUGGAGCGCACGUGGGACUUCAUAGAGAAGCUCAACGUCAACGAGCUCAGCCGGUUCCUGGCUGACAAUGUGGUGGGCUCUGUGCUCAUCUUCUCGGUUCUGCUGUGGGUUCCACUCAGCCUCCUGGUGCACUGCGUGGACCGUAAUCUCGAUAAUGAAUUCUCGGCUGGUGAACAUUGGCCCAGACCUGGUCAGGUGGUGGAACAGCUGAGCGCAGACUCUUUGGGGGACCAGGGGAGCCCUGGGCUGAGCGCCGUGCCACCCAUGCACUUCACAUUUGCUGGCGGUGGACGCUUUGGCUCAGGUGCUCGACUCAUUCGCCCGAUUAAGGAGGAACCAGCUUACAACAAUGAUUUGCCACUCUCAAGUCCUGCCCGCCACUCCUACAGCGAUCUGUGCAGCAUGCACAACAGGAAUGGAGACUAAUAGGACAGCAUUGUGUUGCCUGAAAAUUCUGCGCAGGAAGCUUGAGAGCAAGGGUGUUGGAGAAUGCUUGGGAUUCGUUUGCAAGAGGUCAAACAACCAAAAAGAACAGGGGCCAUGACCUCUGCAUCAUUAAAUGACUGCGUUAGAUGGAAACAUUGUAGUCUAUGCAAGUCCUCCCACACUAUUGUAUGUGUUGGUAAUUUAUAUGGAAAUUUUGCAGGACACUUGGUGAACAUCAGAGGACAUUCUGGCAGAAUGUGUGAGCCUCAAGGAAAUUGAUGUUUUUUAUGCCUUUAGUAGAAUCAAUGUGACAUGUUUAUUUUUGCAGAAUAAUCACUUGAUCAACUCAGUGUAGCACUUUCUUUGCAUAUAAUGCUGAAUCGGACACUUGAUGUUAACCCUUUGCACCCUUCAACGUGAGUUUGAUAACGUUUUAUAGCAUCUUAACACUUCACAUCCAGUAAUUUUCUAAAACGGGGGACUACACCCUUAUAAAGGGUGCCCACUUGUUUUAUGGGCACCAACAUUUGUUGAGCCAGAGAGGGUGGAUGUGGAGCCAAGUGACUGGGUUUCAUUAGGGACCGAGUUGCAAGUCCCAGAAGUGCAAGGCAACCAAGCGACACUCAGGAACGCACGGGCCCUGCUUGCCUCCUUCCUGUGCCCGGUGGCGUCACUCUUGGUCAGGCCGUGCUACGUCAGGAACAUUGGCACAAUGUUGUGGGAGGUUGCUGCUCUUGGUGCAACACAGAGUCAACAGAGUCCCUUGGUCGUGGGAUGUACAUGCCUCGGAGAACAAGACACGCGGCACACUGUCCAAUCGGCUCCAUUGGAACGGAAACAUUUCAAAUAAAAUGCUGCAAGAUCUACCCGAGACUGCAGGUGCCUUCAGCCAUAAUAGAGGUUGUUUUGGGUUAGAUCGCGUAAAUAUAUAAAUGUGUCAUUAAAACCGCCACCACCCGACACAGCCAACUAGUAAGGGUUGUCACGUAAACAACGUGCCAAUUCGUCACGAGUACAGCACCACGGGUGUGUUGGAGAGCCAAGCCACAACAUUUACAAACUGAGUAUGACGUUUUGCCAGUAAUUACAACUAGCUUCAUCAAGCGACAGCCAGAUUUGUGGAGAAGUCUUACUGUUUCGUUCCUUAUAUAGAGGCAUGGAUGUGUUGACCACCCUUCUACGCUCUUGCACAAUGUGGGGGGGGGGGGGAUUCCUUAGGCAACGUACAUUAUGCAUGUGCAUUUUUGCGAACCCUUUGAAGUAGUCCUUCCUGUCUAUUGUGUUGAUUAAAAUAGCCCUACCAACGGUAAUCCCUAUUGAAAUACGCUGCCCUUUGUAGGCAUUCAUUUAAAUAAUGUAUUAUAUGAUGAUUCGCUUCCACGCAGCGCUAAGACGGUAGCUAUCCGAACGGUUAAAGUUAUUUUGAUUUUUCAAUUUCGAUAGAUUCUCUAAUUAAUCUUGGCCAGUAGUAGCUGGUUUUGCACAAUACUUCAACAUUAUCAACAUCAAUUGAGUGUCCUUGUUGGCGCACGUGUUCUGUUGCUGCUAACAGUUGUAUUUGGGAUAGUUUAAUAUUUCUCUGAUCUUUUAGUCUCGUGCUGAUCAUUCGUCCUGUUUGCCCAACAUCACAUUUACCACACGUGCAGUUAAUCCUGUACACACCUGUUGAUAGCUUCGGUAAUACAUCUUUUGUACCAGAUAUUAAAUUCUGUAUUUUAUCUACCCUGCCAAAUCUGACUCGGAUGUUUUGUUUUUCCAAACAUCUGGGUAGUUUAUCAGUUACUCCCAUAAUGUACAGUAUUUUGAUCAUUUUAAUUACUUGUGCAGUUUCAAUGGUCUUGUUAUUUGAUUUGGUUUUGGUAUUCAAUGCCCUGUUGAUUUGUGCAUCAUUGUAACCGUUCAUUUGCAGCGCUUCUUUAACAUGUUGAAUUUCAUUUCUCAGAUUUUUACCAUCUGACACUUUCUUAGCUCGAUGAAUGAGCGUCUUGAUAAGAGCAGAUUUCUGUGCGGGGUGAUGGUGUGACUGCAUUCAGAUAGGCGUCAGUAUGUGUUUUCUUUCGGUAAACAGUAAGACUUCUCCACAAAUCUGGCCGUCGCCUGAUGAAGCUAGUUGUAAUUACUGGCGAAACGUCGUGCUCAGAUUGUAAAUCUUGUGGCUUGGCUCUCCAACACACCGGUGUGCUGUACUCGUGACGGAUUGGCACGUGACAAACCUUCCAAGUUAGCUGUGUCGGGUGGUGUCAGGUUUUAACGACACAUCUAUAUAUUUACGCGAUCUAACCCAAGAAAACCGCUGGAUGAUAUUGGUCUCGUGAAAGCCGCCGACGUGUUGGACAGGUGCCCUCAGCUUGUGGUGACUCCACGUGAGCUACUUUCUGCCUCCGGGUUAUUUGAGCAGCAACGUGAACUUGAUAAUAGGGUUUCCCCUUUUUUUCUGGUAACAAAACAGGUGUUAAGAUGUUAAAACAGCAAACUGAAACCUUUUUACAAGGAAUUGUGUCUGCAUUAACCACUGAUUGUGGUCAGAAUGCAAACAAAAACAUUCUGAUAAUAUAUGCUUUGAAAAAAGUGGAAAAACCUAUAAUCAUAUUUUGGUACUGGCAAAGGAGGUCCCAUGACAACGUAAACUUGUUUGGCUUUGGUUUGAAUUAAACGAUGCGGUCAUAACAGGACAUCUUUAUUUGUUAUCACGUUUGUUUACCCAGGGAAGCCCAAUGGAGUCUAAAGACACCUUCAGGGGGUCCUGUCAAGUUCGUGCAGUUGUGGUUGAUGUUAAUUUUUCAACAUUGGAAUAUUUUGUCAAUAUCAUUUACUCUUUGGUUCUUUCGGUAAAGUCACGUAGAAAUAAAUUAAAUUAAAUAAUAGAAUAGAAUACGACGUUUCGAUUGCAACACAAGCACCAUCACCAGGUAACGAAAGCUUCGAAUCUAAUAUAAUUUACAUUGUAUGUUUAUUUUAGCUACGGUAGAAAACCCAAGAACCUGGGGCCUGAGUAUCGAACUGAAUUAUGCAAUUCUAGGAUUUUCAUAGCCUGAUUUGUCCUAACCUCGAUCCCACGAGAGAAAUCGUGUUUAUUCUAAAAACGGAACCACCCUCAAGUCUGACAUUACGUCCACACACGGCACGCUCUUACAUAAACCACACACUCAAAUACACACACAGCCAGCACACAGCCACACUAUAUACUUUCCCUACACAUACACGGCACUCGUAUUAAGGCCG